ACGGCGCCGCGCCGGCCCGGCCCUGCAGCUUCCCUGGGGCUCUCCGCUAGCCCGGGGGCCGCUCCUGUGGUUCCCGGCUUGUGGCGGAGCCCCGGCGCUGUCGCGGAGCCAUGUCGCGGCCGAGGAACGUCCCCCCGCGACCGCCCGAUGGGGGCACAGGCGGCUCGGGCGCCCCCGCCGCGCCGGGCCGAGGCCGAGGCGGCAAAGGUCUGAGGGAUAUCCGUGUGGACGAGGAAGUGGAGAUCGCGGUGAAUCUGGCUCUGGAGCGGUUCCGCUACGGCGAGGACACGGAAAUGGAAUUUCCAUCUUCUUUCACUAGAACUGAAAGAAAGUUUGUUCACCGGCUCUGUCAGUCUCUUGGACUGAUAUCUAAAAGUAAAGGAAAAGGAGCUAAUCGAUACCUAACUGUAAGAAAAAAGAAUGGAUUGGAACUAACACAUGCAGUAAUGACUUGUGCCUUAACUCCUGGUACAAAACACAUUAUUCGUACUUUAAUUCGGAAUUUUCCCGUCACAAAUAAAGAACGAACAGAACUUCUGCCAAAGACAGAACGAGGAAAUGCCUCUGCCAUUGAAUCUGAAAACAAAGAAGUGAACAAGACAAGUGGACGACUUAGUGACGGUAUCCCUCAGGUUCCAGUGAAAAGAGGGGAAUCAGAGUUUGAUUCCUUCAGGGAAUCACUACCAGUUUUUGAAAAACAGGAAGAAAUUGUCAAAAUAAUAAAGGACAAUAAAGUUGUUUUGAUUGUAGGAGACACUGGAUCAGGAAAAACAACUCAAAUUCCUCAGUUUAUUCUUGAUGACUGUCACAAAAAUGGAACUCCCUGCCGUAUAUUUUGCACUCAGCCAAGACGCUUGGCAGCGCUUGCUGUGGCUGAAAGAGUGGCAGCAGAAAGAAGAGAAAAGAUUGGCCAGACAAUUGGUUAUCAGAUACGUUUAGAAAGCAGGGUUUCUCCAAAGACACUGGUGACCUUUUGCACUAAUGGCAUCCUGCUGCGCACGCUGAUGGCAGGAGACAGCACCCUAUCCUCCGUGACACAUGUUAUUGUGGAUGAAGUACAUGAGAGGGAUAGGUUCAGUGACUUCUUGCUGAUAAAACUGAGAGAUGUGUUGCAAAGCCAAGCUAAUUUAAAACUAAUUAUUUCCAGUGCUGCUCUAGAUGCAGAUCUCUUUAUUAGGUAUUUUGGAUGUUGCCCAGUAAUACACAUCCAAGGAAGACCUUUUGAAGUUAAAGAGAUGUUUUUGGAGGACAUUUUACGAAGUACUGGGUAUACAAACAAAGAGAUGGUAAAGUACAAAAAAGAGAAGCAGCAAGAAGAAAAACAGCAAAGCACCCUUACUGAGUGGUGUUGUGCUCAAGAAAAUAAUAGUAAGCUGGAACGAGAGAGACCAAGAUCUGUCCCAAGGGCAACUGAAGAGUGUAAUCUGUUGAGUGAUGGUAGUGACACAGUAUUUAAUCAACUGACUGAAAAAGAUGUGAAUUGCCUUGAACCAUGGUUAAUAAAAGAAAUGGAUUCUUGUCUUUCUGACAUCUGGUUGCAUAAAGAUACUGAUGCUUUUGCUCAGGUGUUUCAUCUCAUUUUAACUGAAAAUGUCAGUGUUGAUUACAGGCACAGUGAAACCAGUGCGACUGCACUAAUGAUUGCUUCAGGGAGAGGCUUUUUGAGUCAAGUCGAGCAGCUGAUCAGUAUGGGAGCAAGUAUCCACUGCAGAUCAUCUAAUGGCUGGAUGGCUGUGGACUGGGCUAAGCACUUUGGGCAGACUGAGGUUGUUGACCUGUUGGAAUCCUACAGUGCUUCAGCAGGAUUUGGAAAUCUGGAUGAGAGUUCCCUCGUCCGAGCAAGUGGUAGUGACCUCAGUGCAGAGGACAGAGAGCUGUUGACAGCUUAUCAUCACAGUUUUGAUGAUGAAAAAGUGGAUCUCGAUCUCAUUAUGCACUUACUUUAUAACAUCUGUCAUAACUCUGAGGCUGGAGCAAUUUUAAUAUUUCUUCCUGGAUAUGAUGAGAUAGUUAGCCUGAGGGACCGUAUUCUUUUUGAUGACAGGAGAUUUGCUGAUAAUGCUCACAGAUAUCAGGUUUUCAUGCUUCAUUCAAAUAUGCAGACUUUUGAUCAGAAGAAAGUGCUUAGAAGUCCUCCUCCUGGUGUGCGCAAAAUAAUUCUUUCUACAAAUAUUGCAGAAACCAGCAUAACUGUCAAUGAUGUUGUAUAUGUUAUUGACUCAGGCAAGGUGAAAGAGAAGUCUUUUGAUGCACUGAGUUGUGUUACAAUGUUAAAAAUGGUGUGGAUUUCAAAGGCCAGUGCUAUCCAGAGAAAAGGCAGGGCUGGGCGCUGUCAGCCUGGAGUCUGUUUUCGUCUCUUCAGCAGGCUCCGCUUUGAAAAUAUGUUGGAAUUUCAGACUCCRGAACUUUUAAGAAUGCCACUUCAGGAGCUUUGUUUACACACAAAACUUCUGGCUCCARUAAACUGUCCAAUUGUUGACUUUCUUAUGAAAGCUCCUGAUCCUCCACCAGCUUUAAUUGUGAAAAAUGCUCUGCAAAUACUCAAGACUAUAGAUGCCAUGGACCCUUGGGAAGACCUCACUGAACUUGGUUACCAUCUCACUGAACUGCCAGUGGAGCCGCACCUCGGUAAAAUGGUGUUGUGCGCCRUCGUUUUGAAGUGCCUGGAUCCUGUUCUUACCAUUGCUUGUGCUCUUGCCUACCGAGACCCUUUUGUGCUGCCCACGCUGGCCUCUCAAAAGYGUGCAGCCAUGCUGUGCAGGAAGCGUUUUACUGCGGGGACAUUCAGUGACCACAUGGUGCUUCUCAGGGCUUUUCAGGCGUGGCAGAAGGCGCGCAGUGAUGGCUGGGAGAGAGCCUUUUGUGAAAAGAACUUCCUGUCUCAAGCCACAAUGGAAAUCAUUGUAGGAAUGAGAACACAGUUGCUUGGCCAGCUUAGAGCCUCAGGUUUUGUUAGAGCCAGAGGAGGAGCUGAUAUUAGAGAUGCUAAUAUUAACUCUGAAAACUGGGCUGUAGUUAAAGCUGCCUUAGUGGCUGGGAUGUAUCCCAAUCUUGUGCAUGUGGACAGAGAGAAGCUUGUUGUAACUGGACCAAAGGAGAAGAAAGUGCGAUUUCAUCCUACCUCUGUUCUCAGUCAACCUCAGUAUAAAAAGAUUCCCCCAGUGAAUGGCCAAACUGCAGCUGUUCAGGCACUCCCUACAGACUGGCUUAUAUAUGACGAAAUGACGAGAGCUCACAGGAUAGCAAACAUCAGGUGCUGUUCUGUUGUAACACCCAUCACUGUGGCACUCUUCUGCGGACCAGCUAGGUUACCAAGUAAUGCUUUACAGGCAUGUCCAUCCUCACAAGGAGAUGGGGUAUCUAAUGGUAGCAGUGACAGUGAGAUGGAGGACAGAACAACUUCUAAUUUAUCUCUGCUGAAGCUAGAUGAGUGGCUCCACCUCAAACUGGACUCUGAAGCUGCUGGUUUGCUGUUGCAACUCAGACAAAAGUGGCAUAGCUUAUUUCUGCGUCGUAUGCGAUCUCCUUCUAAAUCUUGGUCUCAAGUUGAGGAAGGAAUUGUAAGGGCAGUUGUGGCUGUUUUAACUGCUGAAGAACAGUCUGCAGGUUUGCAGCAGCCUUCAGGAAUUGGUCAGAGACCAAGACCUGUGCCUUCUGAAGAUCUUCGUUUAGCAUCUACGUGGAGGUCAACUAACCCCAGAAGAGACACAGCAGAAACGGAAUUCUCAGACUUCUCUAAUGCUGAAAAAGGUCUGAUGAAGUCUACACAUUCUACACUUCACCAGCCAAGGAAGUACAAACGAAAAAACAUUUUGCACUCCAAACAAACCUCAGAUGACAGGUCAGAUCAAUCAUCGCUGAAAUCUGCAGACAGCAGUAGCUUUCCUAGCCCCUGUGCUAGUCCRUCUUCUCCAAUAUCUGGAAAGAGUUCCCARUUACCUUCACCAAGACAAAAUAUGCCAGUUCGGUACUUUAUAAUGAAAAGUAACAACUUGCAGAACAUCGCUAUUUCUCAGCAGAAGGGUAUAUGGUCCACUACACCAAGUAACGAACAAAAACUGAAUGGAGCCUUUUUGGAGAGCAGCAUGGUUUACUUAAUAUUUUCUGUUCAAGGAUCUGGACACUUCCAGGGUUUUGCUAGAAUGGGUUCUGCAAUAGGGUCUGAGAAAAGUCAGGACUGGGGAUCUUCUGGAUUUGGAGGUGUAUUUAAGGUGGAGUGGAUCCGAAAAGAAAGCAUUCCUUUUCAGUUUGCACACCAUUUGCUCAACCCUUGGAAUGACAAUAAGAAAGUACAAAUAAGCAGAGAUGGCCAGGAGCUGGAACCACAGGUUGGAGAGCAGUUGCUGCAGCUUUGGGACCAUAUUCCUUUGGAAGGGAAAAAACCCAACUGAUUAAGCAUGUCAGACAAUGUGAUAGAGCUGACAUUGUUGAAACAUCAGCUCUAACCAUUAGAACCAGCAGCAUGACUACAAUACAAAGAUGAGGAAGAAGGUGGUGCAACAAUCUAAUUACUGAAGCUGUUAGUCAUAAUGUGCAGCUAGCAGUGGUAAAAAAGAGGGAAUUAUGUUUGUUUCAGUGUUUCCUUGUUGUAACAAAUGUCAAUAAGGUUAUCCACAAACUUGUUUUUGACUGGAUUAUUUUUUCUACUGUAGUGUGCAGGUA